AUGAGACGAAAAUUGAAACGCUAUCUCCGUUAUCUAAAGUACUGGAUGGACAGGGACUAACAAAUGAUCCCCGUACACGCAGGCAAACGAUGAAUUAUUUGAACAAUUCAAUUGGGAGUGGAGUGACGGGCGAUUCUGCCCUUCAAUUGAACAAUGUCGAAGUGUUGUACACUAAAGUGCAAAGAGUUUAUAUUAAGCCGCAACAUAAAGAAGAACGUCAGCGCGAACUUAGGGUCAAUGUGGAAAUUCAUGCCGGUAUUAGCCCUGUUUGUCGUAAGAGUUUGUGUGUUUUGUUAGCAGAUGAUGAUGAUCCCUGUUUUCUUUACUCGUUAUUUAUCUCGGAAGAGGAUUUUAAAGUUUUAAAGUCCCAACAGGGACUAUUGGUAGAUUUUGAUAAUUUUGCGACUCAGUUAAUAUUUUUGUUGGAACAAUGUCAAACACCGCCGGCAAAUUUAUCAAAAACGCCACAAAAAUUCUUGUUGCUAUUGGCAGAAGAAAGCGGAGAAUGGAUAUUCAAAUUGGUAGAAACAAACAAUUUCAAACAUUUGUGUCAUUUAAGCCUGAACAUUUCGCCGGCUAGCGAUUCUAAUUUGAAAACUCAUAUGGCUAUGAAAAUUAAACGGUUAAAAGAGAAUAUUCUACAACAGACUAGAGAUGUUGCUACUCUUGAAACAAGAUUAAACGAUUUAUCGAAUAAGAUAGAAUUAAAAACUAAGGAGCUAGAACAAUUGGAACAUAAGUAUAUGGUAGAAAAGAAUGAAAUGCAAUUGUCUUUAUCCGAGCAAAUAAAUGUUGAAAAAGACAGAUUUGCUAAAGCUCGAUUAGAAUGGCAAUGUCAGAAUGAAAAAGCCAAGAUAGAAGUAGAACAUAGACAUUCGGAAAUUGUAAAACAAUUACACACAGAACUGGCAGAGUUACGUACACAAAAUUUAACGUACAAAGAUAAGUUGUCUCUUCUGGAAGCAACAAAUAUGGAACAAAUUAAGCAACUGCAAAAUGUCGAGAAAGAGCUUAAUCUAGCUCAGAGAGAUUUAAAUUUAGUGAGAAAACAAAAUUCGAAGCUAGAUACAGAUUAUCACGAAAAAGAGAAAACUGUGAAUAGUUUAAGAACGAAAGUCGCGGUACUUGAACAAGAAUUAAAGGAUAAAGGUAUCCUUACUAGCAAACAUACGGAAAUGUUAAAAACAGCAAAGGAACAGAAACAGCACUUGGAAGAUUUGUUAACCGAGAAAGAAGGCCAGUUACAACGUAAACAAAAUUCUUUGCGAAAUUUAAGCGACGAACUAGUCAAAGCUAACGAAAUAUUGACAAAAUUACAAAACGAACUCGCAUCGACGAAAUCUAAAUUAAAAUUACGCACCAGCAUAGCACUCGAGCAAGAGCGGCUGUUGGAUACUAAACAAAAGGAAGUUGGUCAAUUAGAAAGUAAAAUGGAAAGUUUAAUUAAAGAAGCAAAAGAUGGGAAAACGGAAGUUGAACAUUUGAGGGAACAGCUUAAAAUCCAACAAAAUCAAUUGGAAGAGAAGGACAAAAUAAUAAAAAAUAACGACAACGUAAUUAGUUGGUUGAAUCGACGAUUAGCAGAUAACCAGUCUCCGUUACAAAAUGCUGCAGUAGCAGCGCCAAUUACUGUACCUUCUUCGAUUCAAUUGACAUUGCCUAGAACAAACAAAUUAAUGGGUAAUAAGUUUGAAACACGUACGCCUGCGCCCAGUACGGUACAAUCAAAUACAUUAUCUGGAUUACCAAUGAGAAAUCCAAUCGUGCAAAAUCCAAAUAUAAAUCAAACUUCACGCAUUACGGCGCGAUCGAUGGGGGUUGGUAUCACCGAUAGUACAAUGGGGAUAUCAACGUUUAACAAAAGUGGUCAAAUCUCGAGUACCAGUACACCUAUGGAACGUAUUAAUUCUUUAAACAAGUUACCAGGAAAUAUCGCGGGUCCUUCGUCGAUGCCAGGCGUCGUAGAAAAUAAUAAUCCAUCCGUUCCAUCGAACAGUACAAAAGCUAAAAGUACAACCGUUACGCUGCAAGGUGGAUUAAGAAGGGCAGGUUUGUCCGACAAACCAAUUCUGCCAUCCGCUUAUUUCCCCAAAACAUUACAUUGAUCGCAGACACAACAAACGGAGAUUGCCAGUAGAAACAUAAAGUAGUAAAUACAUACAUCAAAGAUGUAAUAUUGCCGCUGAAAAGAAAUAUUACUAAUUAGGCAAAAAAAUAUUUAAGAUACGAGCUGGCAAUAUUUCAAGUUUGAUGGCGAAUGACAGUACAAAAUAGUUACUCAAAUAAUAAGUAUUAUCGAAUGAAGUUUCAUAUGUCGAGUUUAAAAAUAAUGAUAUUUCAACAAAAAUUAAUAUGCACGUAUCGCGAGAAAGUAAACGUAUUAUGUAGUUGGAUUCGAAUAAUCGAAUUCUGUUUCAUGGAAAAAACACACUAUUUUCAAAUAACGAAUAUCUUUUUUUUUUUUUUAGUAAACGAUAA